AUGAGUGAAUUAGGAAGUUGUAAUUUAUUUGAAUCACAAGCAAUAGUUGCCGAUCACAAAGACUUAAUUCAUGAUGUGGCUUAUGACUUCUAUGGGGAGAGAAUGGCGACGUGCUCCAGCGACCAGUACGUAAAGGUUUGGGAUUCUGAUGGGCAAGGUGGUUGGAAACUGACUGCAAGCUGGAAAGCACAUCACGGCUCUGUGUGGAAAGUCACCUGGGCACAUCCCGAGUUUGGACAAGUAUUAGCUACAUGUUCCUUUGAUAGAACAGCGGCUAUAUGGGAAGAAGUUGGUGACACAGCAGCUUCGGGUACAGAGAAAGGUCUUAGGACUUGGGUGAAGAGAUCAAAUUUAGUGGAUUCCAGGACUUCAGUCACAGAUGUAAAGUUUGGGCCCAAACAUCUAGGAUUACUGUUAGUCACAUGUUCGGCUGAUGGUAUUAUAAGGAUAUAUGAAGCUCCUGAUGUAAUGAAUUUAGCACAAUGGACCCUGCAGCAUGAAAUACCAACUAAAGUAUCUAUCAGUUGUCUGUCAUGGAACCCAUCAUUAUCAAGAAGUAGCAGUAACCCACCAAUGUUGGCCGUGGGUAGCGAUGAACCCAGUGUUGCUGAUAAAGCCAGUUCAGAACGAGUCUUCAUAUAUGAGUACAGUGAAUCCUCGAGGCGUUGGACCAGGACGGAGUGUUUGUCAUCUGUAGUGGAACCGGUCAAUGACCUCGCCUUUGCGCCGAACCUCGGCCGCUCCUUCCACCUACUCGCUGUAGCUACCAAAGACGUGAGGAUCAUCAAAAUAGAACCAUUGCCUGAGUCUUCCGGUACAACUAACGGCAGCGUUCGCUUCAAGUCGGAAGUGUUGGCCGCUUUCGAAGAACAUUCGUCGUGUGUGUGGCGCGUCGCCUGGAACGUUACCGGGACCAUGCUGGCGUCUUCAGGGGACGACUGCUGUAUCAGGCUAUGGAAGAUGCAAUACAUGAACCAGUGGAAAGGAGUCGGCGUGUUCAAAAGUGAAGCGACCGGGGGAGAAGCGACCGCACCGGCGCGUGCGCACACCACAUAUACAAGACUGGCGCCCAUGGCCAACCCGGCACACAUGCCCUAUCAUUGA